AUGAUAUCGAUGCAGUACUCAAGAAGUUUGAGGAAUUUUGCAUGGGAACAACUCAUGAGGCAUUCGAGUCAUACCGCUUUCAUGUCAGAGUACAAGAACCGAAUGAAAUCCAUUUAUGCCUAUGUUGCGGAGCUAAGAAAAUCGGCCAGAGGGUGCAACUUUGAAGCAUUUGAAGAUCGCAUGAUUCGGGACAGAAUUUUAGUUGGUUGCAAGACUGACCACGUGAGAGAAAAGUUGUUGGAAGACCCCAAGUUAGAUCUCAAGAAGGCAGUAGACAUAGCAAGAGCCUAUGAGGCUAGUCAAGUCAAGCUAAAUGAAAUGAAAGAAUUGGCAGUUGACAGAGUUAUGUCAAAAGACAGAAAGAAAUUGUUUCCAGAAGAAAAGAAACAGUUUUCAAGUGCAACCCUGAAAAAGAACAGUUGGAAGUCAGAACAAGGCUUAUACGUUAUCAAGGGACUCAGAAAACCGCUGUUAGGCAGACCUGCCAUUGGAGCACUUAAAGUGGUGGAAGUUGUAAACGGAUUGUCAGAAGCUAAGUUUGACCCAAAACUUAAAGAAAUGUCAAACAUCGUGGAAGGAAUACCAGGUGUGAUAUGUGACAUUGAUGAUGUUCUUGUAGGAGUAAGAGAUCAAAAGGAACACGACGAAAGACUGAAGUUGGUCUUGGAUCGGAUGAACAAAGCUGGACUUACAUUAAAUGAGAAGUUGGGUCUCCCUAAGUUUGUAAUCGAGACAGAUCACAAACCAUUACUGUCGCUGAUGAAAGCAAAAGACUUGGAUCUCCUUACUCCAAGAAUACAGAGAUUCAGGAUGAGGAUGUUGAGAUUUACUUACGACAUUGAAUAUUUUGCUGGCAAGGACCUCGUUACGGCAGACUCGUUAUCCAGGUCUCUUUUGAAAAACAAUAAAGCAGAAGAGGAAACAAUUGAAGUCUACCUACCAUUGGCAGCAGCUGUUGGCCUGUGGGACCGAAAAUCUUUAGCACGUUUUUCCGUCCUUGCUGUCAGUGUGAGUAACAGCAAGGUGCGGUUCUUCAGGAGAGAGCUGAAGGGUAAACAGGUUGAUAUUUUUGUGAGAAUUUCGAAACGGUAUAGGCCGAGUGCUCAUAGCUGCCCGAAGCGGCCGUCGUCAGGCGUUAGGAAGAUGAACGUGGAGGAUUUGGUCUCCGACCUGUCGACGUGUGGCAGGUUCCAGGUCCUGCUGACAGCCAUCUGCUACCUCGUGAGGAUCUCAGGCAUCUGGGCGAUCAUGAUGAUGGCUUUUGGGAGCUACGACCCAGGCUGGACAUGCACAGCUAUUGAGACAAUUGAUGGAGGCCGGGCCGAAAAUCUUUCUUCCUCGCUGUGGUCGAGACCUCUGCAAAGCCUUUAUGAGGUGCUUGGAAUCUCAAUAACCGGAAGUUUGAGCAACAACGCUUCAUCAGGGGCGCUCCCGCCUGGAGCAGACGUCAGAGAUGACUCGUCAGUAACCACGACAAACUUCACUCACAGCUCUUGUGAGAAAUAUCAUUGGUGUAAAAACAUACAAUUUAAUCACUGGGAGGCUCAAACCGUGGCAACAGAGUGGAACCUCGUCUGUGAUCGAGCUUGGAUCUUGUCGUUGAUUAUCUCCAUACAGAUGUCUGGCGUGGCUGCAGGGAGCUACAUCGGUGGGUAUAUCGGGGACAAGUGCGGCCGCAAGCUGAGCAUGUACGGUUCCGUGGCUCUGGGCGUGGUUUCCAACACUGCUGCUUACUUAACGACGUCUUGGGAGACGUUCACUGUCGUCCGUUUCUUCAUUGGCAUCAGUGUGGGUGGGAACUUGGCCUCAUCCACGAUCUACCCCAUGGAGUUUGUCAAGCCAAAAUGGCGCCCUGUCGUGUCAGGGUUGCCUUGUUGGCAUGUGGGCACCUUGAUGUUUGGCGUCUGUGUCAUGCUGUUAAGGGAUUGGCGUCUCGUGCACCUGGCCACAGCCGCCCUCUCGCUACUGGCCUUACUCACAGCUGUCUGGGUGCCGGACAGCGUGCGUUGGCUACUCGUGCACCGGAAAAUGCAAAAAGCCGAGAAAGUCGUCACGCAAAUCUGCCAUUUUAAUGGAAUGGAGAUGUCUGAUACAAAGUUCGGUGUGGAUGCAAUGACAGAAGGUUGUAACCACAGUCAAGAAGAUUCUGCCAAAGGCAGUGCCUUCUUCCAUCUCUUUCAUGUUUCUCUACGUAAAAAAACAUUACUCAUAACACUAACGUUCUUUCUAACAAGUGCAAUGUUUUUCGCUAUAGGCUUUGGUGUCGAGUCUCUCUACGGCGAUUUUUAUUUGAAUUUCAUUCUGUACUCGUUAGUUCCAAUCCCACUGUCAUUUCUAGUACCGCUUUUGGGAAACACGCUGGGAAGGAGAUGGGCUCUGUUAAUAUUUCUUAUUCUAGUUUUUCUCGGUUUUGUUUCUAUCGUCGUCGUUUUCUUCACGACUUCGGGGUCUGUACGAGGAAUCACGAUCACUUGUUUGGCGCUGUUCACCGCCAACUGGCUACAGCACAUUUUAGCCACUCUCACCACAUUCUCUGUGGAGCUGUUUCCAACUGUCGCAAGGAACCUCGGCUACGGUUUUGCCAUGGCUGGAGCGAGAAUUGGCAGUAUCAUUGCUCCCUAUGUCAUACCACGUGACUUCGAGUCGAUAUACGUGUCUUAUCUAAUUAUGAGCGCCAUGGCGCUGGUAUGCUGUGCUGCUGUGUGGGCUUUGCCGGAGACAAAGGGGGUCGCAAUGGAAGAUGUGAUUCAGGACAACGAUAAAACGACGUCCUUGGAAAGAAAGGAAGCACUGAUUAACGAUAAAACCAGCAUCGAUGACAGGAGACAGCGUAUUGUGAAGUCGCUACCUUAG